AUGGGAGGAUGGGUUUUUACGGUAGAUCUUUGCACAUCUCUUGCAACGCCAGAUGUACAUCUCUUUCAACGGCAUUUGAUUGCUACUUCCCAUUCUGCCAUGCUAGGAAAAUGUUAUAUGCCGGUACGCACAAUUAAAAUGGCUAAUCAUGAUAUAGUGACUGAACUAAUUGAGAGCUUUAUUCAACAGGAGAACUAUGCGUUAUUGGGACAACUUCGUUCUGCACAACAAGAAGCAGAAGCACUGCGUCAUCGUUUAUCGAGACUUUCAACGUUAUACGGAAUGGUCAACUUGACAAAUAAUCGUUUGAGUAACGAGGUCGAGACAAUGCGCACAACGAUCGAUAUGAUGGAUAUUAUAUCACGUGAAUACUUUCUCAACAGUCAAGAUGCUCGAGAACGUUGGGGACCCUAUUGCAGUUUUGAAGAUGAAGAAUUUAUGAGAAUGGCAACCGAAAUUGAUGUUGAAUACGACUUCACAGGCAUGAUGGAGCCUAUCUUAGAAGGGGAAUUUAUUCCAAUUGUACAAGAAGAUGAAUAUGAAGACAUGUUUAUGGAUGAAGAUGACAUGUUUGUUUAA